CAUUUCCUAGUUUCAAUUAAAUAAACUAAUAUACACAAACUGAAAAACAAAUUGAACUAUUUCCAAUUUUCAAUUAAAAAACGAAGUGAAACGUUUGAAAAUAAAUGAAUUGAAAUAAAUUCGAAUACAUGUGUGCAUGGAGGGAAUUAAUCCAUUACAAUAACCAAAAUAAUACUCGAACAGAUAUUGUAAAAACCUGAAAAAUAAAGACAAUAACGGUCCAAAAAUAAAUGAAAAAUCCCAUUAUUACACACAUACAUACAUAUAUACAUACAUGUGUGCGCUCAGAAGUAAUAUACUCCAGCUUUUCGUUAAUCAAUUUCGGUAUAUUUUGAUUACUUUCGACUAGGCAACCAUUGUGAUUUCGCUGUUGGUUUUCCUUUUAAAUUUUUUCAAUUUUCUUUUAUUGUGGCGAAGUUGUGAAAAUACACACCAAUAUCCGCAAUGCGGCAUUAGAAUAUUACGCGAAUUCGAAUUCGCCAUCUCGAUUAUUGUUAACGGUUUGCACGCUUUGCCUAUACGCCGGUUGAUGGGCGCGUUUGAUGUUGCCGAUGGUGGCAAAAUGGAUCGAUGUCGAAAUUGGUUUUGCGCGCGUAGUAAUAAUAAUGACUAUGCCGAAGUGGCCGUAAAUGACCCGCUCAAAAAUCUAACCAAUUCCAUUUCGGAUACAAUACGUGACCACGUGCGCGACAUGAGCAGCAGCAAUGGCGGUGGUUUUAUGACCGCAGCAACCACAACACCUCCACCAUCUAUGGCUACAACAACACCAAUGCACUCGACGACUACAUCGCAUGUGGUUACAUUUCUGGAUGAUGUCGGCGCAAGCGGUAGCAAUGGCACGGUUACGACGAGUAGUCGUGUGGUAAGCCACACAGAGUUGCAUCCACCAAUGGUCGAUGGUAAUUUGGACGUAAUCGAAGCUGUAGAGGAUUUCGCUAAUGGAACUGGCAUCGGUUUAUCGCUAUGUGAUGAUAGUGUGCCAUCAUCGAAAAACUGUUAUCGCCUCAUUAUGCUGGGCUCGUCACGUGUGGGAAAAUCAUCGAUUGUGGCACGUUUUUUGGGUAAUCGCUAUGACGACGCAUACACCCCGACCAUCGAAGACUUCCACCGCAAGCUUUAUCGAAUACGCAAUGAGGUGUAUCAGCUGGAUAUAUUGGAUACGUCGGGCCAUCAUCCGUUUCCAGCAAUGCGACGCCUAUCAUUCAUGACCGGUGAUAUUUUCAUAUUAGUCUUCAGUAUGGACUCGCGAGAAUCUUUCGAGGAAGUCGUACGAUUACGAGAAAAUAUACUAGAAACUAAAUGGGCGGCGCUUAAUCCCGGUUCCGGUAUGAAGAAGAAAAGUUUGCCGAAAAUACCCAUGGUUCUUGCUGGAAAUAAAUGUGAUCUUGAACCCAAAAAAGUUCAACUAGACGAGGUAAUGGGAUACAUUGCCGGCCAAGAUAAUUGUUGCGUCUUCGUCGAAUGUUCGGCGCGACAAAAUUUCCGCAUCGAUGAUUUAUUUUAUGCACUUUUUAUGGUUUCGAAUUUACCAUUGGAAAUGGCACCGAAUCACCAUCGACGCGUGGUAUCCGUAUUCGGAGCACCGUCACCACUGCCGCCACACACAACUGUGGGCGGGUCGAAGAAGAAUGCGCUUUCGAUUAAGCGACGUUUCAGUGAUGCCUGCGGAGUGGUAGCACCGAACGCGCGACGCCCCAGCAUACGAACCGAUCUGAAUUUGAUGCGCUCCAAGACGAUGGCUAUGAACGAAGGCGACGGAGCGGGCGUAGCGCGUAGGAAUAUGUGCGCUUUAAUGUAAGCGUUAACUGCGUUAGGAAUAUCUUUAUACACAUAAUCGUAAUAAUAUACAUACAUACAUAUAUAUAGGGGCGAUGAUUUCAGUAUGUGAUACAAUCAUAGAGCGUUCUAGUUAAACCCAUGCACAUUAGUUCAUAAAUAACUCAAAAAAGUGCAUAAAUUUAUUAAUUACAGUUAUAUGAAUAAAUAAAUGCGUAUGCUUAAGUAAAAAUGUAUUAAAUACAGGUACAUACAUACAUAACAUAUUUAUACAAAUAAAUAAUGUCAUUUGUAGGAUUUUGAGAAUGCUUAUGAGUGAAGCACAGCUUGAAGUGUGCUUCUUCUAAAAAUAAUAAUAACAAAAUAAUAUUUUUAUUAUAUCAAAUAAAAGUAUUUUCUGAAACCUAUAGCAUUUAAAGAGAUAUUUCGUAAAAAAUAUUGCAUU